AUGAAAUGUUCGCUCCCUUUCGGACAAGCUGAGGAGCAGCCGACCGGGAUGGAGGACGAGCUAGUGGCUCGGGAACAGGCGUACUACAAGGUGGAUAUCGUUACACUCAGCGAGACCCGGUUGUCCGAAAAAGGUCAACUGGAGGAGGUGGGUGCCGGCUACACCUUCUUCUGGAGCGGCCGCCCCAAGGCAGAGCGACGGAGGCGGGCGUCGCCUUUGCCAUCCGGAAUGACAUCGUGAAACCACUACCCUGUCCGCCGCUGAAUACCAACGAUCAACUGCUGAGCUUCCGCCUGCCUCUCCGGGGAGACAAAUUCUCCACCAUCGUUGACGUCUACGCUCCCCUUCGUAACCAGCACUGACGCCGUAAGGGACAAAUUCUACGAGGACCUACACGUCCUCCUGCCAACUAUGCCCAAGGCGGACAAGUUGAUUGUCUUUGGUGACUUCAACGCCCGCGUCGGCACAUACCACGAUGCCUGGAGAGGAGUGCUGAGUCCCUAUUGUCUCAACGGCUCCAACGACAAUGGCCUGCAUCUCCUGCGAACCUGCGCACAACAAAGGCUCAUUCUGACCAACACCUACUUCCGCCUCCCGAUGCGAGAGAAGACCACCUGGAUGCACCCUCGGUCGCGUCAGUGGCACCUGCUGGACUAUGUCCUCAUCCGGAGGCGAGAUCAGCGGAACGUGCUGGUGACAAAGACGAUCGCGGGUGCUGACGGGUGGACCGACCAUCGCCUCGUCAUCUCGCAGAUGCGUAUUCGCCUACAGCCUCGCAGGAGACCACAAGGUAAUCGACCCCAAAUAAACUGAAUAUUGCCUUGUUGUUUUUGCCUGCUCACCAUCUCCAUUUCGGCAUUGAGCUAGCUCAACGGCCAGCUAACAUUCCAGUCGUCGCCACCGCCGCCGACGAGAACGCCCCCGUGGAGAACCGAUGGUGUCGACUGCGCAGCACAGUCCAGUCAACGGCCCUGGCUGUCCUGGGUCGCGCACGUCGCCAACACUCGGAAUGGUUUGGGGACAACGACGCCGCCGCCAUCGGCAACCUGUUCGCCGAGGGGAACCGAUUGCACCAAGCCUACGUAGACCGCCUUACUGAUGAAAACAAAGCAGCCUUCUAA